AUGGCGGCCAAGCCCUCCGCCAGCACCAUUCCCUUCCGGACGCGCUCCCCGACCCGAAGCACCUCACGCACCGCAGUCCGAACCUUUUACGUCCUCCUCGCCCUCCUGUUGCUCUGGCAAUUCCGCUCCCUCUCGAACCGCUCCUCGCCCGCCGACCCCACAUCCUCUCCCUCUUCCUCGCUCCCACCGCCGCCGUCGUCGCAAACCCCCGCGAACGGAACCUGCCCGGAGAUCCCGGGCAUCGCGGACGUCUUCGUCGUCGUCAAGGCCGGCGUCGUCGAGCACCGCACCAAGCUCCCCGUGCACUUCUCGACGACGCUGCGCUGCGUGCCGCGCUACGCCGUCUACUCCGACUACGCCGAGACCAUUGGCGGCGGCCACGCCGUGGCCGACGCGCUCGAGGGCGUCGACCUCUGGAAGGUCGCGCCGCGCGCGGAUGCCGAGUUCUACGAUCGGCUGCGGCGUGACGGCGGGCAGGCGGCGCUGUCGAAGGAGGAGCUGGAGGCGUGGGGAGGAGCCGUCGCUCCGGCACAGGGCAACAAUGGCGGUGGUGGCGGAGCCGGUACUGGUGAUAAAGGGGGGAAGAAGGCGCAGAAUGCUCAGAAGCUCCUAGCAAAGUUGAAAGAGGAUAAUCCGGGGCGUAGGUUGGACAAGUGGAAGAUGGUGCCGGCGGUGGAUAAGGCGCUGCGGGCGGCGCCGGAUGCCAAGUGGUUUGUCUUCGUGGAGCCGGACACAUACGUUCUGUGGGCGAACUUGGUAGAAUGGCUACAAAUGUUCGACGCGGACGCGCCGUGGUAUCUGGGUGAGCCGGAGCAGGUUGGUGCAGAUGUAUUUGCAAAUGGUGGCGCCGGUGUGGUAUUGAGUGUCGAGGCUGCGAGAAAAGUGAGCACGUUGUAUAAGGAGAACGCCGAGCGCGUUGAGAGGAUUACGGCGAGUCGUCCGAAUGGCCCUGCUGCACUGGGGAGGGUAUUGAAAGAAGUCGGCGUGCCGUUGACAUGGUCGUGGCCGAAUUUACAAAGUGGCAGCCCGUCCCAGAUGGAUUGGGGUGAAGCAAGACAUGAAUUUGGCAGGCUGUGGUGCCAUCGCGCGGUCAGCUAUCACGGUCUCUCAACGGAUGAGAUCGAUUAUUUGUACACUGCAGAGCAAGCCGCCAGAGCAGCGGGCACCCCUCUGACCCACCAUAGCCACGUCUUUCAAGACUUCGUCAUGUCGCAGCUCUCAUCCCUCAAGCCCAACUGGGAUAACUUCGCCGAUCGCAAGACGUUCCGCAAGCUCACUAAGAAAGGCCUCAAGAGCGGCAGGCGCAUCAAGAACUGGGGCGAUUGCCGUCUCGAAUGUGACCAGUACGGCAACUGCAUUGGCUUCUCGUGGAUCGGAAAAGAGUGCAGGUUUAAUACGAAGUUCCAGUUGGGUCAGAAGAAUACCACGAGCAGUGGCGAUGGUAAAAUCUUGACAAGCGGCUUCAUGACGGACAGGGUGGAUUGGAUGAUCAGGUGGCUUGAAGAUGAAUCGUGCAGGAAAUGGGAAGAGUGGGUUCUGCCAGUGCCAUUUGAUAGCACUGUUGACGAAGAGGAUGAUUAA